ACCGCAGGAGACAGCGAUCGCAUCCAGAUCGCAUCCAGAUCGCAUUCAGAUCGCAUCCAGAUCGCACGGUGGAUCCAGAGGAGCCUCCAAGAAUCAUGAGCCAGCCGCCUGUUGCCAAACGAGCCAAGAUGGCUGACGUCCAGCCCAAAAACGGCCCUUCCCCCGCUGGAGGAACUGUCCUGAUGUGGUUUCGGAUAUCGGAUCUCCGAGUCCAGGACAACACUGCCCUGCACAAUGCGUCGCAGCAUGCCACCAGCAACAAUCUCAAGCUGAUGGCCAUGUUUGUCGUUUCACCGGUCGAGUGGGCCUUCCAUGACGUUGCGCCUGUCCGGGUCGACUUUAUCCUUCGCAAUCUGCACGUCCUGAAGCAAAAGCUUGGUGCCCUGGCGAUCCCGCUGGACAUCCUCCAAGACGACGGACCUGUACCUGACGAGCACAUCCCUCGAAACCAGCGCAUCGCUGAGAUCAAUGUCCGUGUUGCCGACCUGGUUGCCGCCAACGUCGCCCGAUGGAAUGCCAAGGCGGUCUUCUGGAACAAGGAGUACGAGAUCGACGAGACGUUCCGGGACGAUCUGGUCAAGAGCCGACUGAUGGGCACCGCCCUCGUUUGCGACUUUCAUGAUCAGUGCGCCGUUCCUCCAGGGAUCUGCAAGACAGGCCAGGGCGGCCCCUACACCGUCUUCACGCCGUAUAGAAACAGAUGGACAGAAGUUGCCACCAGGAACCCGGCCUAUCUCACGGUGCUGCCCUCUCCCCAGGCAAACACCCUGCCUCUGCCUGAGCCUCUGCAGAUGCUGUUGGAUGCAGGAGGCUGCGAGAUCCCUGAGCUUCCAAGCGCAUUCAAGGUUGAGCAGGAGCGGCUCGAAGCUGUGCGUCUACUAUUCCCGGCUGGCGAGGAUCAUGCUGUCAAGCUCCUCCAGGAUUUCAUAUCGACCAAACUGGAUCGAUACAAGGACCAGCGAGACCUUCCAGCAGCAGACGGCACCUCGACGCUUUCGCCCUACUUUUCUCUUGGGGUGAUAUCGGCACGCCGCUGUGUUUCUCUUGCCAGAGCCGCCAAUGGCAACAAGAUGGAGUCAGGCAAAGCCGGCGCUGUCCAGUGGAUCUCCGAGGUUUGUUGGAGGGACUUUUACCGCAACAUCUUGGUCGAGUUUCCCAAGGUAUGCAAGGGCCGACCAUUCAAGCCCGAGACAGACAAGCUUGCUUGGUCCUACGACAAGACUGCUUUUCAGGCAUGGUGCGAGGGCAAGACGGGCUUUCCGAUUGUCGAUGCGGGCAUGAGACAGCUGAACGCCACCGGCUGGAUGCACAACCGUCUGCGCAUGAUUGUCGCAAGCUUCUUGACCAAAGACCUGCUGAUCGACUGGAGAAUGGGCGAGGAGUAUUUCAUGAAGAGCCUGAUCGACGGCGAUUUCGCUUCAAACAACGGAGGAUGGCAAUGGACUGCUUCGACCGGUACAGAUGCACAGCCGUACUUCCGAAUCUUCAACCCAUUUUCACAAAGCGAGCGCUUUGAUCCCAACGGCCAAUUCAUCGCCAAAUGGGUCCCGGAACUGGCAGGUCUCAAGGGCACGGCGGCUAUUCAUGAUCCAUUCAGCAAGCUUGACAAGAAGGCGUUUCAAAAGCUCAACUAUCCCAAGCCCAUGGUCGAUCACAAAGUUGCGCGCCAGAAGGCGAUCCAAGCCUUCAAGGCGCUAAAGAGCUGAUAUGGCAGAGAAUCACAAGACUCAGCCAUGAGAGUAAAGCAGGGUAGACGGCCGCAAAUACUGCAUGCGCA